GCGAAACUCAGUCUACUGUUGACCGUCGAGAGACUUGGGAAGUCUUCCGCCCAGUUGGUGUGUUGUUGAAUCUAAGCGGGUGUUAUGCGUAAUAAAUAAUCAUAUCAUUCGGGCUUCAUAUCACGUGAAUAGUCACGAUUUCGCUAUCAGCGGCUGUAUCCGGGUCGGUGAUUGACCAACUUCCUGUAGAUUGUGUGUUGCUUCAUCCAGCUAAUCGAAUCAACAGUGUAUAUCAUCUGAGAAAAGCGUGCUGUAUCAGUGCAAGUGAAAUUGAAAGUACGAGAUCAUUCGCAAUCAACAGCAUAAUUGCGCCUAAUUUAAUGCCUGCCGGAGGAGCGGCCCUUGAGUGAUUGUGUAUACUUACCAUAAUAAAUCCAGCCGAGCAUAGUUCCUUGAAUCUUACCCGCAGUAGUGUGCACGAACGAGGAAGGAGCUUAAUUCGAUAAUCGGUGCGAAUCAGUGUGUUUUGAAGAUUGAAAACGAUGAGUUCAGCGAAGCUGGUUAUGCUGUCGACGGUGGCGAUUAUCGUCGUGCUUAUGCUGCUGGGCUGGCCACAGCCGGCGGAGGCCAACGACAGCCAGAAUCUUAACCGGCUGCUCAACAAUCAGGUCAUCGUCAGCCGGCAGAUUAUGUGCGUACUGGAGAAAAGUCCGUGCGAUCAGUUGGGUCGGCAGCUGAAAGCUGCCUUACCGGAGGUGAUACAGAGGAACUGUCGCAACUGUUCGCCCCAGCAGGCCCAGAAUGCCCAGAGGUUGACUAACUUCCUGCAGACGCGCUACCCGGAGGUGUGGGCAAUGUUGAUACGUAAAUACGGCGCAGUUUAAAUUCGGCAGAACUUUUUGUUUCGUCCUUUCAUUGCGGUUCUGCAAUAAGAUCAUCGAAUUUGUAUGGCAUUAUGAACAGAGAAAAAAUGCUGGUAGUUGGAAAACAAGACCUUUUUAAACGAAAUGAAAUUAAGUAUAAUGCUUGGUACAUUGUAUACAUGGUAUAUUUUAAGUGUGAAGAGAUAGAAGCAGACAAAUGUGAUAAUAUCAUAUCCCCUUCUAUGAUUUUUGAUACAUUUCUCAGUUAGUUCUUUCUUGUGCCAUAUUCAUUCUGAUUGAGAAACUUAUCGUUCUCAUCGCCUUGUGUUCGUUAGAUUUUUUAAGAAGAUAAACCAAAGUAAUGUUAGAAGAUAUGUACAUUAUCAAACUAAUGAUAUUGUGUAACUGUUACAAUGCGCCGUUGUUUAGAAUACGUAGUUUCCAACAAACAAGGAAACAGAUAUCAUUUUUAUACUCUAAAAAUAAACGGUAGAAAACUA